AACAAAGCAAAAUCUUGCUCUUAAGACAGUCGCGGACCGAUCCUCAACGCGCGCGUUCAAACCCCGAGUAUUAUGUGAACCGAUCAGUGAUUUAACGUGCAUCACAAUGAUGAGAAAAUUGCUUAACUAGAACAAAAUUGUGCAAAAAUGACGGAAAUACAAGAGAAAAGUACCGACGAAAACACGGACAAUAAAAAUUCGAUAACCACCAUCUCCUCGAAAUUGUCCACCGACCAGCUCAUCUGCAAAUCGCCCCAAGAGUCGAACAGUUCGGUGAAGUCCUUGGAGAAGAUCAUCGUCGGGGGUGACGAUGGCUCCUUGCUGUGUCUGGGGUUGCUCCAGUUCAUCUUCGGGUUUCUGAUGGUGGUUUUUGGGGGGUUGGUGCUGCAGUAUGAUGCCAGCUUGUCGCAGCUGGGGGCCGGCAUCUGGGCCGGUUGCCUCGCCAUGGCCACCGGAAUCGUGGGCAUUCUCGCCUCGGCCCGCGAGUGGUGCCCCCUCAAAUCCACCCCCCAGAAAAUCACCCACACGAUUUUCCUGGCCCUGAGCCUGGUCAGCUUGGCCAUCUCGCAGCUGGUGGUGGCCCUUGCCGCCACAGGCAGCGCCCGGGACAUCAACAAUUCGGAGUUCGACGAAGAAGUGGAGGUGGCCACGACUCCGGUACCACCCGGAAAAAUCUCGAUUAUCCUCCCGGUGAACUACAUGAGCAUUGUGUCCAACCUGGGGCUUUUGGCCGUUUCGGUGGCCGAGUUCGUGGUGGCGGCGGUGGCGUCGUAUCGAAGCUCGAGGAUCCUGUGUCCUUGCUUCCGGAAGAAAGGGGAGUUUGUGGAGGAUUUAAACGCGCAAAGAAAUGCCUUGGUCAGCUCCUGGUUGGGGAAACACAGUCCGCCGCCACUGUAUGUGGUGGCGGCGCCAGCCUCGACUCUGGGAAAGGGCAGCAAGGCAUCCGGUGGUUUACCGGUACCAGUUUUCGCGCUACCGCACCAUCAGAUGGUACCGCCGCGGGCGGUUCCCUAUCCGCUGAUCCCCGCGCCGCUGGGCACCAUCCCAUCGCCCAUUAUCCCACCGGAUAGGGAUUUAUUGCGCAGGAAAAAGAAGCAUUUUUACUCGAGGUGCCCGCCGCGUGACCGCGCGCGGUCCAAGUCGAAGUCGAAGGAGAAAUCAGUGACUGAAGAAGACGUCGUGAGGACCUAUACAGGGCUUGACAAGGCAAUUGCUGAGGAAUUCAUUGACAUUUGCGACUCGAGAAAUGUCAGCCUGUGCAGCGACGAGAGUUGCACAAGCAGUUGUCAAAGGAGUUGUAAUGGGUGUAAUAUCAGCGAUGGCGCCUCGAGGGAAUAUUUAGUUAACAACAGUAAAACAUAAAAGAUGAAAUCGUUCAAAUGUUUAACAUACUGAGCUUUGAAGAAACUUAUUUACAGAUUUUUCUGAACUGUAUUUAAUGAAAUAAUUGUAUAAAUGUGUGAUAUGUUGUGAAUAACGUUUAUAAAUAAUGAUUAUUAAAAGCGUUAAAAACA